AUGCAGAUGUCACCAAUAACCAUAAACUUGGCGACGGUCAUGAAUGAAUGGUUAAAGAAGUCAGUGUUGAUUGGUGAAGCCCAUAACUUAGAUCAUAUUGUAAACCUACCGACAUCACUACUAAUGAAUGAAGGCACAAAGUAUCUUGGAGGUCUCAACAUAGCCCUUCAUUUUGAUAAGUCUGCAGAAGUUCUGGAGUUUCUAAAUGUUAGUACUAGUUGGAGAGACGGGUUCAAUCGAUUAGUUAGAGCAGAUCAACACGAAAUCCCAUAUGAAAGAACCGCAUGGCUUAAAAUUUUAGGGCUUCCUCUGCGCCUAUGGGACGAUGAGAACUUUAACAUCAUCGUUGGACGUUUUGGUAGGAUUGUAUCUCCGUUCAAUAAACUGUACACAAGACAUGAUUAUUCAAUGGGAAAGGCCUGCAAGAUUGGCGUAGUGGAAUCCUCAGAUGAUUGGUCUCCAUUUCUUCCUGCCCCAUUUGAUAAGGCUGAUGAGGACUCAGACGAAGAUGAAAAGGAUGAUGUGGAUGAUUCAAGAGAAAACGAUGAGGAAGAAGAUGUUAUAUCGGAUACAUGGAUGGGGGACCAGAAUGACGAUACAAAAAAAGGAGAAAUAAGGUCGGAACUGUCACAGAGUAACAAUCCGGCGAGGCAUGAAUCUGAUGUCGGCGGGUGGACGGAUAACCGGCUAUUUUGGACCCUUCCCAUGUUUGAACCCAAAUACUGUUGGCUCAUCUGCUAA